CCCCAUUGCUCUUUUUUCUUUUAUGACCUUUUCGUAUACAACAAUUUGAAAUAUCAACCGUCUACAUCAACAUUAUGUUUAUUAAUAUAUUUGGAUUGGGUUCCAAAUCACCACACACAACAUCAGAGGAUCACAUUGCAUAUCCUCGAAAACGCUCUGUCAGCAGUAAGGGGGUUCGCUUCGAUACAUCCCGAGUGGUCUACUACACACAUUCAAAAUUGGACUAUGAUCGAGGCGGCCGAUUUUUUGAAGACCAAUCCAUCUACAGACCCUAUACCCAAGCUAAUAGCGGCCGGCCGCCUGUCCUAGACAGCGACGACGAAGAUGACAGUCUUGGCUAUGAAAUAAUUGAGUCUGUCCGAAAGUCGAAAAGACGCAGCCGCAGACUAUCUCUCUUCUCCUAAUCAAUACGACUUUCCACUGCAAGUUCCCUCCGUCUCUGACUAUACCACUACCCAAAGUUAUAUUGUAGUAUUUCCUUGUACUUAUUCACCCCUCUAAUUAAUUGUGUAUACCCUGUGGUCUUCGUCUUUUCGUAAUAGAAAAGAAGAAGUACCUUUGAAAAUUAGUAAUUGAACUUUUUUAUUAAAUUGACCUGCCUUUACUACCAUCAUCAA